AUGGAACCUCUAACUCGGAUGUAUGGAACAGAAAAUUUCUACCGUGGUUUCCAUGACUAUCAGUACGGGUUUGGUCAUCCCCAGGGAGAUUACUGGGCGGGGCUUAACCAAAUCUACUACUUGACCACUACAGGUAACAACAUCCUAACUAUCAACAUGCAAGACUGGUUCGGUAACAAUUGGAACGUUCGCUACAAUCGCUUCCGGGUCAAUGCUGCACCAUAUUACCAGCUUUCCAUCGGGUCUUUUCAAGGUCAAGUUCCAGAUGACCUUUCAUUUAACAAUGGCAUGUAUUUUGCCACCUACGACAAACUCGAUGCACAUAAUUGCGCUGUCCAUCAGAAAGGAGGGUGGUGGUACAAUUAUUGUACCUACGCCCUCCCCACGGGGGUUUACUACCACGGGGGACCCUACACGCCCUCUGGUGGAUUUUACGACGGUAUUUACUGGAGGGAUUGGCAAGGAUAUGGAUAUUCUCUGAAAUAUUUAGCCAUGACUGUUUCAAAUUCAUAAGGUGAACUUAAAGGCAAUACUGCAGAUUUUACAUGCAUAAGACUAGAAAUAGUUGAUGUAAACAUUAUACAGACUCAUCAAAAUUUAAACAGAAGAAACUCUUUGAAAACAUUUUUGAGAAUGCAGGAUUUGUGAAAGAAUUUAUCAAAUUAAACUACGAGUGUAAAUAACGAACUUCUGGAUCAAUCUCGAGUGGGAAGUAAAACCUACCGUUUGGUCAAUUUUAUGAAGUUAUUGAUCAAUUUUGUAAAGUUUCUGUAAAAGAACAAAAAAUAUUUUCAAUAUGAUGGAUAUGAAGACACGAUGACAUAGAUUUUUAUUGUAAUUUGUUUAUUGUCAUGUACAAGUACAAAUAAUAAACCCUACUUUUUUUAAUUGGAAAAGUUGAUUAACAAUUUAGCCAGUAUCACUAGUUUAAUUAGAAGGUUAUUAAAUUUGUAUCGGUUGAUAUUUGCCCGAAUAAAAUUUUUAAGUGCACAAGUUUGUAAGAGUAUUUUAAAACCGAAUGAGUGUCGUUA